GUAAUAGUGAGACUGGACGGGCACAACAGCAAUUCCUGGAAGUCUUGUGACUUGAGUUUUUACAGCGCGUCUGUAUAAGGGGUCUGUGAAAGUGAAAGUGUUUUUGCACAGAAAUUCCUCUCUUUGUUCGCGUAGCUAAAAGCAACAAGGAAAAAAACGACAUUUUGAGACACUCCCGACAAAAAAUCAACUGGUCGACUGAGAAGAACGAGAAAGGUCCAGUUCUGUUCAAGUUGCCGUCCUGAAUAGGCAAAGUCUAUGGCGCCCCUACGCCAACUGGAAGUCUCUCCUGAAGCGGGUGUAUUCGCUGCCUUACCUGCUUUCGUGACUCUGGUGAUAGUAAUCCUCUUCUAUUCUUGCUGUAAAGGGAGUUCAAAAAGCAAGAAUCAGAGAGUGAGGAAAGAAAAUGAGACUCUUCUGGACCAAAAUGAAAAGCAGGAUCUUCAGAAGAAAAAUGAGACUUUAGAAAUAGAGAAACAGACAGCUCAAGCAGAAAAGCAGGAUCUUCAGAAGAAAAAUGAGACUUUAGAAAUAGAGAAACAGACAGCUCAAGCAGCUAAUGAAGAACUUCAACAGGAACAGGGGAGUUCAAAAAGCAAGAAUCAGAGAGUGAGGAAAGAAAAGGAGGAUCUUCAGGAGGAAAAUGAAAAGAAGGCUCUUCAGAAGGAAAAUGAGAGGCUAGGAAGUGAGAAUGAGAGACUGGGAAAAGAAAAGCAGGAUCUUCAGAAGAAAAAUGAUACUUUAGAAAUAGAGAAACAGACAGCUCAAGCAGAUUUAAAAGAACUUCGACAGAAAACCAACACAGUUGGCUAUGUCUUUGACAGAGAAUGGAAAUUAAUAACUGAACAUCGUGUGAAAGUGACUCCAGACCCCGACACAGCCAGCCCCAGCCUCACAGUCUCUGAAGACGGCUCACUAGUGAGAUUCACAGGGAAGAGAUCAGAGGAGUGGCCCAGUGUGGUGGGCAGGGAGGGGUUCACCUCAGGGAGGUGCUACUGGGAGGUGGAGGUGGGGGAGAAGGGCUACUGGGUCCUGGGGGUCUCCACACACCCUCAUGAGAAGAGCAUACCUGCAAAACCAGAGGAGGGGUACUGGCUUGUGAGGCUGGUUAAAGGGAAGACCUGUACAGCUGUGAGCCAGUCAGGGGAUCAGAUCGUACAACUGGAGAAGAUCUGUAAGGUGUGGGGAGUGUAUCUGGAUCACGAGGGAGGGAGGCUGUCGUUUUACAAUGCAGGGACCAGAUUCCACAUCUAUACUUUCGAAGGCUCAUUCCCUGGGCAGGUCUACCCCAUUUUCAGCCCAGGGUCAUAUGAUAAAGGGCCCUUGAUAAUCAAUGUAACAGUGAACAAUGUGUAGUCCUGACAAGAAGCCUGCUACUAUAUAUAUAUAUAUAUAUAUAUAUAUAUAUAUAUAUAUAUAUAUAUAUAUAUAUAUAUUACACACACAGUUAUCACCUACAACAUGUUUAAGAAAAAAGUAAUCAGUGCUGAAGUGUUUAAGAACACACAAAAUGGUGCCAGUUACUGUGGAUUCUAGUUGAGGUCCUAAAUAUUUUAACAACACAUUGACACCAGGAUUUUAUUUCUGAUAAUUAGACUCCUAUUUCCUCAAUCAGAUAUGCUGCUUGUAUAUUCAUAUUAGAUUUGCUGGUUUAAGAGUGCUAUUGGUUUCUAUCUGUUAAAACACUAUCCUGUAUUAUAUAUUGCUCUGUGAUACAGCCUAUAACUAUAGCAAGCUGUGAUUUAUUUCUUGUUUCUGUUUCUAAUGUUCUGUGUGUUUUAAAUAGGGCAGCACCCUAAAUAAAGACAUGCCACUGCAA